AUGUUCGACGUAAAGUUGCCUCUUGAACAAGAAACUACAUCGCCUUACUUGGAGCAAGCAUUGCGGUCAUGGGAUAAGGUCAACAAGCUCCAAGCUGGAGGAAAGGUCCUCUUGGAUGGCGAGAAUCUUGAUAUUGCGAGCGUGAUUGCUGUUGCUAGGCACCAUUCCCAGGCCACUGUUAGUCCCAAUGGUGAUAUUGCCCGGCGCGUUGAGUCUGGGGUAAAAUGGCUGCGGGAGUAUCUCGCCAAUGGCUAUCAGGUCUACGGAGUUACUACGGGAUUUGGUGGUAGCGCCGAUUCCCGCACUUUGGACUUUCAUGGACUGCAAGCUGCCUUGUUGCAGUUAACUCAGACUGGGGUCUUGUCAGAAUCUGACUUGGACCCAGCGAAAGCAAACUAUGACAUCGGUUUCCACAGCAUGCCUGUAUCGUGGGUACGCGCCACAAUCGUGGUACGAUGUAAUCAUCUCCUUCGUGGACAUUCCGGUGUUCGGUUCGAGAUCAUUGCCUACCUGCUUAGACUACUCGACCUCGGGAUGACCCCUGUGGUCCCGUUGCGAGGCUCAAUCUCUGCCUCGGGAGAUUUGAUGCCGUUGGCAUACAUCGCUGGAAUCCUGGAAGGUAACCCCGAUAUCAAGGUCCACUGGGAAAGAGAAAAGAACGGAAAGACAGUUGUCAUUAGCGCUGCGGAAGCUCUGGAUGUUGCUGGACUUGAGCCGAUUGUUUUGGGACCCAAGGAAGGGUUGGGUCUUCUCAAUGGUGCUGCUGCGUCCGCAGCAGUGGCAAGCAUGGCCAUAUAUGACACCAACCAGCUGGCUAUCCUCUGCCAGUCCAUUGUAGGUAUGUCAUGCGAGGCGCUCCUGGGGAAUGCAGAGAACUACCAUCACUUUGUUGCCGCCAUUCGCCCCCACAGCGGCCAGCUCGAAAUUGCUCGGAACAUUCGUCAUUUCGUGCGUGGUUCGUCCCUACUGGAGACGUCCGAGACCAAGAAUCGCACCCGUACCGGUUUGUUUCAGGACCGUUACGCGCUCCGAGGUGCAUCGCAAUGGAUGGGCCCGGGGCUAGAGGACCUCCUUCUUAGUAUUAAGCAGCUAAGCACGGAAUUGAACUCUACCCAGGACAAUCCAGUGAUUGACACACAAUCUGGUGAAGUCUAUUCGGGAUGCAACUUCCAAGCUGCUUCAGUGACAACCGCGACAGAAAAGACACGCCUGGCUCUGCAAAUGAUGGGAAAGAUGCUCUUUAGCGUCUCAUCCGAGCUAAUUAAUCCUGAUUUGAAUCGCGGGCUGCCUUCCAACUUAUCAGCAGACGACCCCAAUCUUUCAUUCACUAUGAAGGGUGUCGACAUCAACAUGGCUGCCUACAUGUCCGAACUCGCGUUUCUGGCCAAUCCAGUCUCAUCGCAUGUGCAAUCAGCAGAGAUGAAUAACCAGCCUAUCAAUUCACUUGCAUUCAUUUCGGCGAGAUAUACCAUGCAAGCGGUAGAGGUGCUGUCUCUCAUGAGUGCAGCUCACCUCUAUGUUGCCUGCCAAGCGCUAGAUCUCCGUGUUUUGAACGUCACUUUCCAAGAUGCCUUGGACGAAGAGAUUCGAAUUGCUACUCGGGAAGUUCUCAACAAGCUAGCCGAGGAGCCUCUUGCAUCCCUCCAAGCUGAGCUGAUCAAGACAGCUCGGGAUGCAUGGGUAAACUCCGCAAGAGAAACCCUUCACUUGCGUGCGCAGCUUGUCGCGAACGCCAUAGCACCCCCUGCAAUGGACAUACUUGGCCAGCAUGGGCCUUCAUCGACGCAUCAUACGGAUUCACUUUCAGCAAUCAGUGAUAUGAUGGCGCGUGUCAGGUCCAGUUGCAUAUCUCUAUUCGAGAGCAUGCGCGAAAACGCCUUUUCUGAACCACAGACCGAGAGAUACCUUGGGGAUGGGGCCAAACUGCUGUAUCAAUUUGUCCGAAACGAACUCAAAGUACCCUUCCAUAGAGGCCUGGUUGAACAUCCCACUGUGAAAUCUGGAUCCGGACUCAAUCGCGAGCGCAAAACUAUCGGAUCCUGGAUUUCUAUCAUCUACGCGGCAAUUCGCAGCGAGCAGAUUACGGGUUCAUUAAUGGAAAUGGCGAACUGCUUCGAGUGUCGUAAUUGUAACAGGCAGAAGAACGGGUUGAACGGAAACCAUAUCACGUGUGACGUGGACGCGGUUAUCUAG